UUCUCUACCGUUCCCGUCUCUCGUUGCCCCCCGCUAUCCCGCUGCUUCUUCUUUCUUCUUUCUCUUCCUCGUCUUUCUUGACCUGUGUCACCAUCGCUCGUUCAGACUUCGCUUGCAACCGUAUACAUCGUCUCUCGCUCGUUUCUGAUGAUUAUUGCUUAAAUUCCCUGUCUUUUCUGCAUCCGACAUGUGGACUUCGUCGCUCUUUUGCAAGGCUCUCGCCUUCGGGAGCCUGGUGGCUUCUGUUGCUGCGGAUGUCGAUCCGAUCGUGAUCAAGGGGUCGCACUUCUUCUACAAGACCAACGGCUCUGAAUUGUGAGUAACACGCGUCCCGAACCGCCCGACGAUCCAUCGGUCCACGCGCUGAUGAGAACAGCUUCAUUCGCGGUGUCGCCUAUCAACGUACGCAGCACCCUCCUGUUCCCUGCGCUACGCGUCGUCGUGGCCCGGUCUAACUCCCCUCCAGAGAAUGUCGACGCUUCCGACAGCAACUCCAACCUCACAUACAGUGACCCCUUGGCCGACGUCGCCGGCUGCAAGCGCGAUAUCCCCUACCUGAAGGAGCUGCAGACCAAUGUCGUCCGUGUCUACGCCAUCGACCCGACCCAGGACCACUCCGAGUGUAUGCAGAUGCUGGCCGACGCGGGCAUCUAUGUCAUCUCCGAUCUGUCGGAGCCGUCGCUGUCGAUCAACCGGAUCUCGCCCAGCUGGAACAUCGAACUGUAUAACCGGUACACCUCGGUCAUCGAUGCCUUGGCCAACUACACCAACACGCUCGGUUUCUUCGCCGGUAAUGAGGUCUCCAACAACAACUCCAACACCGAUGCCAGCGCCUUCGUCAAGGCGGCCGUCCGUGACAUGAAGAAGUACAUCGCCAGCAAGAACUACCGCGAUAUCGGCGUGGGCUACUCGGCCGACGACGACGCCACGAUCCGCGAGCAGGUCCGCGAGUACUUCGACUGCGGCACGGACGCCGAGCGCAUCGACUUCUUCGGCUUGAACAUCUACGAGUGGUGCGGCCAUUCGUCCUACACCACGUCCGGCUAUGCAAACAGAACCCAGGAUUUCUCGGACUACGACGUCCCCGUCUUCUUCUCCGAGUACGGCUGCAACACGGUCCAGCCCAGAAGCUUCGACGACGUCCAGGCUCUCUACGGCCCGGAGAUGACCGGCGUCUGGUCGGGCGGUAUCGUGUACAUGUACUUCCAGGAGGCCAACGACUUCGGCCUCGUCGAGGUCGAUGGCGACAGCGUCAAGCCCCUUUCCGACUUCACCUCGCUCUCCAGCCAGCUGGCCAAGAUCAGCCCCUCCAGCACCAACAUGGCCCAGUACACCCCAUCCAAGACGGCCAACCUCGCGUGCCCCACCGUCGAUGCCUCCUGGGAGGCAUCCUCCAAGCUCCCCCCGACGCCGGAUGAGAACGUCUGCAACUGCAUGUACAGCACCCUCACCUGCGUGCCGGACUCCAAGCUCAGCGACGAAGACAUUGGCAAGCUCCUCGGCGUGGUCUGCGGUCUCUCUUCCUCCGCCUGCGACGGCGUCGCCGCCAACGCUACCAACGGAGAGUACGGUGAGUACUCCAUGUGCGGUGCCAAGGAACAGCUCGGCUACGCCCUCAACGCCUACUACGAGGAGCAGGGUAAGGAUGCCUCCGCCUGCAACUUCAAGGGAUCCGCCACCACGCAGGUGGCCUCUGCCAGCGGAGGCUGCUCGGCCGUUCUCAGCUCUGCUUCCGCGGCCGUCACCGCUAGCUCUACUGCCUCUGGCUCUGCCGGCUCGGCGGACUCCACGGCGUCCCAUUCCGGCUCUAAGGGCGCUGCGCCUUCCUUCCGUGCUCCUCACGUCUUCGGCAUUUCCGAUGCCUUCCAGAUUGGAGCGUAUGCGGUUACUGCUGUUGGUACUGGUCUGUUGAUGAUCGUCUUGUAGGGGUCGUGGUCAGCGGAUAUUGGCAAAUGGGUUUCUAGGCAGUGGGGAUUUGUAAUAUAUACGCCUUUGUUUCAGGUAAUCAAAGGAGGAAGAAGACGUUUAGAUUGUAUCCCUGUAUACGUUGUUUACGAGAGGAAUGUCUACGUAGUCUUCACUCCUAGU